AUGGCAAUCAGAAAUAAAUCAUUCCAAGGGCCGCUGCAAAGAGUGCUCAAACUAUCGGAUUUAUCCGAAUCAAGUGCAGCAUGGCAUACCUUUUGUUCCGCGCAAAACCAGAACCUCAUGUCAUUUCUGCCUGUAGCAAGAGUGUGUGAUAGAGAAUUAUCUCUCUCUCUCUAUUACUUAAUUUAACUCGACCUCUAGUUGGGCCUCUAGAUGCGCAACGCCACGAGGGCAUCUUUUUUCUCCGUCUUGUCGCUACUCGCGUACUCGAGUCGGGCCUCGCUGUACGGCUCGCUCCUUCUAAUCCCCGUGAAGCCAUUUGGGAAAUCCAGAAGUACGGGAAACACUAGCGGCUUGGCGCGUUGCCUCGCUCUGUCCGACUUUCCUCCAGCGCCUGUUCAGCCUAAGGGUCCUGCUUUUUAUAUCAGCAGGGGAAAGAGGUAAAACACGCUGUAUAAGGCUGGCGAGAUAAAAGAUCCUCGCCAUUUUACACCACCUUGUACAGAAGUCCACGUGUAAAAACCUAACCCUAUAAUAAUAAAAGCAGGUGAGAAGGAGAGGGAAUUCACGGAGUGAAUUACCCUAUCCGCCGAAGCCAUUUUAUUAUUAUCGAUAGAGAAUUAUCAGUCAAUGAAUUUACAGAGUUCCAAGCCAACAAGCAAUUCGUCUCUGUCUUAGUCUCCUCAAUUACAGAAAGCAUGGUCUUACACUUAGCCCGUCUGCAAGCAUUUAAAGACAGCCAGGACGAGCACUCUGAGCCUCAAAGCAUUUUGAACGAAAUGUCUGAACAACUUUUCCCUUUUCUGAGGAUUCUCCAAUCACUGAUGCUGAGAAAUGAUGGCAGCACAAAAAUCAAUAUAGAAAUGAUCGAGCAGCUGAUUUCUUUUUAUGAUUUGUUAAAAUCCGUAACAAAUUCCAUCAAUGAAGAUCCAAACCAAUUGAUAUUGAAAUAUUAUUGUUUAUUUUCUGAUACUAUAUGACUACUAAUUUAUAGGAGAAAGAGACAAAAUGACCAAGAAGUGAAAUUGCUUAAUUUGGCUUACCAAAAUCUUGAAGGGCUGCUACUGGAGCUCAUAACAAAAGAAAAUCUUAAAUUUCUUGCCACUGAACCUAUAAGUACACAGCAAAACAAUAUAAAAUUAGCAUUAAAAUUCAAUGAAAGAUCUUCAGAAGUCGAUUUAGCCUUGUAUUUAAUUCUAGCCCUUUGUCAGAUAUGCAAGCUUCCACAGCCAGUAGGGGUGCAAUUAACUCUAUCAGACACAAUUCCUAAAGCCAUGACUUUUAUCUUAAGCAUUGAGGAUUUCCGAACAUUUCAACAUACUAGUAAAACACGACUGGCCUUAGAGAAGUCAGUAUUAAUUCUGGAGCUGCUUAACUCUGUAUGCUAUUUAACAUCAAAACUAGAGCAUCAAGGCAAACAGUUUCUGAAAGGCAACCAAGACAAACUUAAAGGGAUUUUUUACUAUAGCAUUCAGAACUAUGUGAAGUAUUAUAUGACUGUUGAAGUCUUAGACUAUGAGCAUGAUAAUGGAUAUCUUGGCCAAUUCUAUCGAAAUUUAUAUACACUUAUUUCCACAAAUGCACUUAGCAGUGAUCUAGAAGGAAUUCCAAUCAUGCUGUUUUCUCUGCUAGUUCAAGGAGAUUUAGUUAAAGAGCUUGAUACUCGAACUCCGCAAGUCCAGGCAUUUACUUUACAAUUUCUGGAGAAAUUUUUACAGCUAAUAGGAAAAAAGAAAACAGAUAAUAAAUUUUCCCACAUGAAGGAAUUUGGCUUAAUAGGCACUUUAUUUUCGAAGCCUUUAUUUGAUGUAGACGAAAUAUAUGAGAAUGACAAAGAAGGAUUUGGCUCAGAGUGCUUGGGAUCCUGAAACAGAAUUUGGGCUUUUCUAACAGAAAACCCUAAAAACAUCGAUUGGAUUUGCAAUGCAAUUGUGAGGCAUAUAAAGCUCAGUCAAACGGACUAUAAAUACUUGCUAAAAAUUAAUUUAUGAAUGAGAGAACAGUUUGAUACGAACCAAGAAAUCGGAGAGGGCUUUAUAAGGAAUGGGAUUGUGGAAGAAAUUAUCCAUGUCAUUAUUCAACUGAAGAAGUCAAACGAGCAUGAUGAUCAGCUGAUAACGUUUUUUAUCAUGGUUAAAUCUAUGCUUGAAAUGUAUGAUAUUUCCCAACUGACCAAGGUAAAUGGAAUCAUGGACCCCUUGCUCCAGGAUAUGCUGCUAUAUGAUCCAGUUAUAGGAUUUUCCCAUAGAUAGCGCUGUUUGCCCUUGAUUUGCCCACUGGGAAAAUUUUUUGGUUCUGCCAGUACCAUAUGGUUUGGUCAAACCAAAAAAUUUUUCCUCAUGGGCAAAUCAAGGGCAAACAGCGCCAUCUAUGGGAAAAUUCUAUACCUCUGAUUUGUGUUUAUCUUGCAUCUCCAGAAUUUUAAGGUACCAAGACUCCGCAAGUUGUGCCAGCUUUCAAUCUUUAUUAACCAGGAUCGACGACAUCGAUAUGAGCAUUAAACUCCUAAACUCAAUGCAGGAAUCUCUACGAGAAGUCUCUACCAAGCGUGGCUGCCAAGAAAAUUUUGUGAAAGGAGGAGUCCUUAAAACACUCAAAAAUAAACUUACAAAGCCAUAUUCUGAUACUCCAACAGACAAAAUCAUUUUGCUAUGAGCAAGCGUCCUUGAAUGCGUAAGGUUCUUAAUUGAAGAUAACCCAGUUUGUAAGAAGCAAAUCCAUGAGUUUGAUUUCAGCGCCAUUGCAAAUACAAUCCGAUCUGACUCAUUUCAAACUCUUAGAGCACUGAUUUACACAAAAUCCAUUGAGUCUUUGCUUUAUAUUUUGUACGAAAAUAACAACUUACGAACUGAAGAGCUGCUUAAUGUAAAAACACCUGAAGUUAUCCCGCUAGUUAUCGAGUUGCUUGCAGACUCUGGCAGCAAUGAUUUUUGUUCUUACAUUAACCACUCUUUAGUUGACUCUAUAAAUGCAGCUCAUUUUGCUAAUCGUCGAACCACUGAUAUUUUACUUAAUGUGUUAAAGCGCCAAUACUCUGAGCAGCUAUUUAAUUUCAUAGAGGACGUGCUUUCUAAAGUGAUGUCCCACCACAUUACUCCACAAGAACUCCAAAAAAUCAUUGAUAUUGCAAGAGCAUCAUGCCACAUGCCUGAGAAGCAGCUUCUUUUGUAUAGAUGUCUGUCUCGAGCAAUAGAAAACUCUUUUGUGCCUAUAGACCAUAUAAAGUUUGAAAACCAUGUUGGGCUAUCGCCUACCAGAUAUUUCUGCUUCAGGUAUCCUAAAUGCUUUUUAAAGUGCACAACUGAUGAAGAUUUUUCAUUCCUUCCUCCAAAAAAAGAAUUUUCUAUCUUUGCGUGAAUUUAUCCUGAAAAGCUUGACUCUUAUAGCAGCUGCUUUCUAGAGUUUUCUGAUGGCAAGAGUUCUUAUUUCUCUGUCAGCUUGACUGAUCAAAAAAUGACUGUAGAAUAUAUUGACGGAAAAUCAGUUUUCAAGGUCACAAGCUCAGGGCAACUUUUAGAAAGGGAAUGAAAUCUAAUUGGAGUUUCCCUCAAGGGAGCUUCUCGUUAUAUCCCAACUCCAUUCAUGGGAGUCAAAUUUGACGUUGAUUUAUGCAUCAACGGAGAAGUGAAUAAUAAAAAGUCUAUAGAAGGGUCAAUCUGCUGCCUUAAAGAAAAUUUUACUCAAAUGAUGUGUGGAAAUAACGCUGAGCUGGAGUCUCCAUUCAUUGGGAGAAUUACCUCCCUUUAUAUCACUAGCCGAAGUCUAUUGGAUUAUCACUAUUCACAAAUAUAUGGGCUUUCUUUUCAAUACAACUUAAAUUACUACCCAGAAGAAGUUUCUACUUCUGAAAGCUUCGUUGUCAAUAAGAUCGUGCUCAAAGAAAUUUACAAUUCUUUUGUUUUCCAAUGGCAUCCAAGAAAUCGCCUACCUGUUUGCUCUGCUUCGAGAGUUAUGGUGCAAGACGAGUGUGAAAGGUUCAAUGGUGUGACUGUACUUGAAGCAAUAUCAGCUAAUGGGGGGUUGAAAAUAUUGAUGCCGCUGAUAAAAGAAUGAUGGGACUCAGAAAAAAAUGAUAGAGGAGUUGUUCUGAUUUUAAAUAUGAUAGGAGAUAUCUGUCAAGCUCAGUCUUUAGAAAGCAUCAUAACAAAAGAAUUUUUUGAUUUAUUAGGACUUGUCCUUGAAGAAUCUAUCACAGAAAUCACUGAAAGUUUGCUGGAGUCAAUUAAAAAAAUUGUAGGAAAGCUCGGAUGAAACCCAGAAAGGCAGUUUCAGGCGUUAAAAAGUCUUUUGCUAAAUAAGAAGUUAUGGACAAAACUGACUUCAGAUUUGCAAGAAAACUACUUGCUCUCUCAAACGAAUAAUGGCCAGAAUAAUUUCAGAAUUUUUGUGCUUUUCUUAAAUAAAUAGGAUUAAGUUAUUAAAUUUUCAGAGUUUGUGCCUUUCCUCAUUUUAAAUUAUUUUAUCGGAUAAGUGUUUUUUAGUAACUCCCUCCUUUUAAGAUUUUUUGCUUGGUGAAUUAUUUUAAAAAAGUUUAAUUAAAACAUUUUUUUCAAAUUUUUAAAAAAUUCAUAUAUUUAAUAGAAUAUUCUAAAUAGUUUAUAAAUUUAAGUUUUAGAAUAAAAGAUAUAUUAAAUUAGAUAGAGACCGCGCUAUAAAAAUUACUAAUUAUAUUAAAAAUUUUCAUCUUUGUUCUUAUUUGGAUUAACUUUCCAAAAAAUAGGCAUUUUUCAAUGCUUCGCUUGCUCUGAAAGGGGAAUAGAGUAAGUGAUAUUAAAGAUAAAAAAUUUAAUACAAUAAAAGAGUUUUCCCGGCUAAAUGGGGAAGAUAGGAACUCUUUCGCUGUAUAUCCCUUAUCAUUUUCAAUGCACACCAGAAAAAUAUUCUCUUGUUUACACUCAUCUAGGUUCCAUUAAAAACACAUCUCUAGAAUUUGUCCUUGAAAUCCUUGAAAAGCUUCUCCCCAAAGAAAUUGAGUGUAGCCACGUAGAAGCAAUAACAGCUGUCAUUUUCCGAAUGAUGGACGAAAACCAAGUGCUCCUAGGGAUGUUCUUGGAAAUGCUCAAUAGAAGAGCCAAAAUGAAAAAGAAUUGCAUCUUAGAUGUCUGCACUGUUAUGCUUUAUUUGCUGGAAAAAAAUAAAUCUCCUGAAAUCCAAGCUCAUACAUUGAGAAUCUUAAAUACUAUUCUAAACGAAAUUCCUCUGAUGUCACCACUUGAAAGGAAGUCAGCAGUUAUUAGUGCAAGAGAUGAAUUUGAAAUGAUUGAUUUAUUGUUCUAUGCUAUUGACAAGAGGCUUGAUGGAGUCAUUCAUAAAGAAACUUAUAAAAUUAUUGUUGAAAUAGCUCAGAAUUUCACAAACUUUGCAGAUCAAAGAAUUGGGGAUAAGUUUGGAAUGUUCGCAGAUUUAGUAACUAAACGACUUUCUGAGAGCCCAGAAGCAGAUUUUAUCCUAACUUAGUCUUUAUUAGUAAUGAGCAUAUUUUAUAUUGGUUUAAAAUACAAUUAAUAUUAAAUGAUUUUUUAAUUAAAUUUUUAUUUUUUAAAAAGUGAUAACCAGUUUCAAAGAAAAUACCCCCUCAGAUUUGGUUUGCAAUAAUAAAGGAGGUAAGAGAUAUUAAUCUAUUAGUGGAAAAGGACGCAAAAUACUCAACACUUCUGUUUAACAGAGAAAACUUUCCAAUGUGGAUUUACAGCUUUUAUUCCAAAGAAAGCUACGCUGAAGCGGAAAACUUGUCAUUAUCCUUAUUAAGUGAUUUAAGACAUAUGAAAAACUUUAAUAAGUUGCGAGCCCUGAUGAUUGGAAUAUCAACAGAAAAUAGGCAUGAUGGCUUCAACAAGGCGCUCGACUUUUACCUCAAACUUCUUUUAAAAAUAAACGCUGCUCACUCAUUCAAUGAAAAUAUUGAAUUAUUUUUGGAUUUCUCAAGUGUGUUAGAAGACUUAAUCCACCCUGACUACAUAGGAGUAGCAGAACUCAACAUUAACCUCUAUUGCACAGUUAUCCACAACUUGCUCGAAAUCAGCAAAGAUCUGCGGCUUGUCUUCUGUACUUUCCCAUACAUUCCUCCAAUUUCUUUCGAAAGCCUAAAUGCUUUGCUAAAAGAAAUGCCUGGAGACAGAUCAAUUCCUGACUCAACUCUAUUUAUGAGAGAAGGAGGAUUUCUAAGGCUUAUCCUCAAAUUCAUUUUCAUCGGCUUAGGGAUCAGCCAAGAAAAGAUGCUAAUAGAUGACUUAAAAUACAUCCUUAAGGGGGGAAACAUGUCAUCUCCGUACUUAAUUUUUAACAUGCCACAAAAGCAGGAAUGGGAAAAAAGAUUCAACGAAAGAGCUGUGGAGUUGCAUACUAGCAUCUAUGCAAACUUCCCUCCACGAAUGGGCGAUUUACUUUAUUCGCAAGACUUUCUGGCAGCUUAUGUGCUAGCUGAAUGCACUGAAAUUUUGGUUUUCAGCUCAGACCAGCCUCUUUUGAAAUUUUUAAGAGAAUUUAUUAAAGAAUCUGAAGUGUACAUAUCGCUCAAUAAGCUAGUCAGCAACUUAACCCAAAAAGAGAUUGAUGAGCUCUACAGUCUUAUGAAAGAGUAUAAAUUCAAUUUUUGCAGCACAUCAAGAUCUCGCUUCCAUCAGCUAGAAAAAAACAAGUUCAUUCACCAUCUGAAUGUCCAUCUUCAGCAAGAUUUUUGCCCAUUAUUUAACAACUUCCAGCUUGAAAUCAAGGAGCAGUCAGAUAAUCUCAAGCGUUUGAAAGACCAAGCAUCUUCUCUGAAGACGCUUCUAUGCUCUACUGAUUGGAUAUCGAAUGUACAUUUCUUUAUCCUCGCUGCCACCUCAAUGAAACUGAACUUUAUUUCUUCAACAGUAAGACUGCCUGAUUACUAUAAGCCAAAAUCGAGCUGGAUGGACCAAAACCGAGGGAGUUUAGGUGCUAACGAUAGUUUAACUGUCAACCUCAAUCAGCACAUCUCAGCUAAAGAAGAAAGCAUUAAUGAACUGCAUAAUAACUACGAGCAAAACCAAGACCGCGCAAAACUGCUGUUAAACAAAAGAUACUGGCAAUUCCUUAAGCAGCAUGAAAAGCUGAAAAUAAUUUUGGCAGGCCAGAUCCACGAGCAUUAUAAGCUUAGACAAGUUUUUGAUAGAAUUGGAAGAAUGCCUUUUAUUGAGACUACAAAUAAAGCGAGAAGCUCUUCGAGAAAUAUAUCAUGUGCUCCAAGCACGGCUGAAAUUGGAAGACUGUCACACAUAGCUAAAGUAGAUAUCGAAGUUAAUGAUAAUAGUGAAGAUCCAGCUGAAACUGACCUUACAAUGACUUCUACAGGUGAAGCAGAUGAGUCCAGCCAGAACCCAUUUGACGAGUCACCUUCUUCUGCCACAGUCUUUACAGAGCUCAAGCAAACAGUUCGCUUUGAAUGCGAAUGGAUCAGUGUUACACAAAGUGUCUUCGGGUUUAUCGAAAUAUCUCAAAAUUACUUAAUCUACGUUAGUGAAGGAAAAGAGAAGCCCGAAACAAGAGCUUACUUUGGCAGCGCUUUAAAGUUUACUCAGCGUACUUGUGAGACUAAAAAAAUUUGGGAAACACAAGAUAUGGCUGAAGUUUUACCACGAAGAUUCAUCCAUCAGCACACAGCAAUUGAAGUUUAUCUGAGAAAUGGGAAAUCGAUGAUGUUCAACCUUUUUGACACUGCUAAGCGAGAUGAAGCCUUGAACAGCAUGAAGAGUUGGGAAAAAGGAGGAGUCAAGGUGAUCAAAGAAAUUUCGCAGAAAUUGAUAUUGUCAUAUGCUAAGCAAUGGCAGUCAGGAAAGCUAAGCAAUAUGGAGUAUUUGCUAAUUCUCAACAAACUCAGCAGUCGCUCAUUUAAUGAUAUCAGCCAAUAUCCAAUCUUUCCUUGGGUUAUAAAAGAAUUCAAUAUCGAUGUGCUCAAUUUAGACGAGCCGGGAGUAUACAGAGACUUGAGUUAUCCGAUCGGAGCUUUGAACCCAGAAAGCAAAGCAGAAGCUAUAAGGAAGUUCACUAUGUGGAAAGAUGAAGAAAUUCAGCCAUUUCACUAUGGAUCCCACUAUUCAAGCGCUGGAAUUGUUUUGCACUAUUUAGUUCGUCUUGAUCCAUUUACCGAACAAGCACAGUCACUACAAGGCGGGCACUUCGAUGUUCCUGACAGGCUUUUCUACUCAGUUGAAGCUGCCUGAGAAAGCGGUCAAGGGACGAGCGGAGAUGUGAAAGAAAUGGUGCCUGAGCUCUUCUAUCUUCCAGAAAUCUUUUUAAACCUCAACAAAGAGAACUUUGGAGUAAGGCAAGAUCAUAUCAAAGUAGACGACGUCGAGCUGCCUAAAUGGGCUAAGUCUCCAUCAGACUUCGUAAGAAAGCAUAGACUUGCUUUAGAAUCCUGGUAUGUGAAUCAAAAUCUUCACAACUGGAUUGAUUUGAUCUUUGGCUACAAACAGCAUGGAAAGCCUGCAGAGAACUUUUAUAACACUUUUUGUUCAAUCACAUAUGAGGAUAUGUUUAGAAGGCUGCUAGCAGCGAAUGCUGAGGAGGACUAUGAAUCUCUGCAAGGUUAUGUCGAACAAGUUGUUCAUUUCGGUCAAACACCUGUCCAGCUCUUUAAAGUCCCGCACCCUGUUAGAGACAAAGUCUCGAAGUCUCUAACCAUUUUUGAAAAAUGCAGGAAUGAGGCAGGAUUUGAAAAUAUGGAUUACAGGUGCUAUGAAGUUGAAGGAGUGAUUUAUGCACUUAUUCCAACUGCCAAAAAUUUAAUAGGUGUAAAAGGGCUAGGGAAUAAGCUGAUUUUGAUGAAGAUGACUAUAAGGAAAGACCUUGAAGAGCUGAAGGUGGAUUUUUCUAGCUAUAGAGAGUAUGACUUGGAAGGGGUUACAAAUUUAGUGCUAGAGGAUUGGGAAGAAGGAGUCCAGUGGAAAUAUAGCUACUCAAGUGACAGCAAUUCUACAUUGAAGCAUAAUCCUUAUCAGUUUUGCAUUUGGGAAGAGGAUAAGCUGGUUUCAGGGUUCCAUAUUGACAACUCUUUCAAAGUCCAUAAACUCAAUGGAAAUUUGCUUAUGUCUAUUUGCCAUCAUGCAGGGCUGGUCACCUGUGUGGCUGCCGCUUCUUUCUUGUUUUCAGGCUCAAUGGAUACAUCAAUAGUUUCCUGGUCAAAUUUCCUUUCAGACUCCACUAAAGCAAAACCCUACAACUUAUAUCUUGGACACACAGAAGCCAUCAAGCAGCUAUCUGUGUCUGGUAAUUAUCAAGUCUUGGUUUCUCUUUCUAAUGAUGGCACAGUUCUUCUCCACGAUAUCCGCUCUGCUGAGUGUCUAAAAAAGCUUUUUGGAAAGAGCGAGAACCCUUGCAAAUUUAUAUCAAUCAGCGAGAUGGGACUUGUGGCUUGCAGUAUUUACCCAGAUGUUAUCAGGAUAUUUUCUAUAAAUGGCAGCGAAUUCAGAGACAUCUAUAUUGAUCAAGAUGAGAUUCAUAAUGUCCAUGACAUGCAGUUCAAUAAAACAGGUGAAAAUCUGCUGAUCGGUACAAACAACGCUGUAGGCUUUUAUGAUAUUUUUGAAGAAAAUAUCAAAGCGUUCAAGAGAGUUUGCGAAAAUAUUAUCACAGUGGUGUACCCCACUGGGCAGGAGUUCUUGAUUUUCGCAAUCAAUAAAGACACAACCUCUGUAAUUUAUACUUUGGAAACAUCUGCAAAAGACGCAAGAAGACUUAUGAUUAGAUCUGGAGCAGGCAUAAAUAAUUAA